AUGGAUCCGAUUCAAGAAGCGAUUGCAGAAAUCGAAUCGCGCGAACCAGGAGAUAAAUUCUCGUACCAACAAAUCGCGAAAAAGUAUGGUGUCAACCGCGUUACGCUCGCUCGAAGGCACAAGGGAGAAACUGAAGCCUAUGGCAUCCGCAAGCGAUCCCUCCACCCACAACACGAAAUCGAGCUUGUACGAUACAUUGAUACGCUUAAUGAGCGACGUACACCACCUACAAGAGCAAUGAUACGACGCUACGCGUCAUCUUUGGCUGGUUUUGAGGUUACAGAACAGUGGGUUACCCGGUUCAUCAAGCGCCACCCGAAUCAUCUGAUCUCUCGCUACACCAAAGGGAUGACCCGCCUAAGGCACAGCGCCGAUUCAGGCAGCAAGUACAGCUUGUACUUCAAGCUUUUGCAUGAAAAGAUGGAGGAGUACAACGUACAACCCCUCCAUAUAUUCAAUAUGGACGAAAAGGGAUUUCAACUUGGAAGGAUUGCUAGGUCAAAGCGUAUCUUCUCCAAACAACUCUACGAGCAAAAGGGGUUACGGCAAGCUCUUGAAGAUGGCUCAAGCGAGUGGAUAACCGUUAUGGCUUGUAUUUGUUCGGAUGGCAAAGUAUUGAGUCCUUCUCUCAUCUUCCAGGGGUCCAACGGAGCUGUACAAUCAAGCUGGGUUGAUGCUAUACAAGAAGGAGAGCACUCAGUCUUUGUAACCUCAUCUCCCUCCGGCUGGUCCAACAACGAUAUAGGACUAGCUUGGCUCAAACAGGUGUUUGAACGAGAGACCAGACGAUACGCUUCAACUGGGUAUCGAUUAUUAGUCCUUGACGGCCACGGAUCCCAUGUAACUACGGACUUUAUUGAGUAUUGCCACGAGCACAAGAUCCUGUUAGCUGUACUGCCUCCUCACGCUACUCAUACGCUUCAACCGCUUGACGUUUGUAUGUUUAAACCCCUAUCGGACGCUUACUCAACUGAGUUGGAUGGAUAUCUUCAAGACAGCCAAGGGAUACUCAAUAUAGCUAAAGGAGACUUCUUUCCGCUCUUCUGGAGGUCCUGGAGCAAAGUAUUCAAGCCUCCACUCAUCCAGAAGUCAUUUGAAGUUACUGGUAUAUACCCACCUAACCCAGACGUUAUACUCAAGAAGUUUGCCAAGGAAGCUUCAGAUUCUGACAGCAGCAGCUCAGUACUAUCAGGGAGCAAUUGGUUCAAGCUGAAGUCAAUUGUACGCCGUGAGGUGAAGGAUCAAAACAGUAAGGACGUCAAGAAGCUUCAACGAAGUUUACACCACAUUGCAGCUCAAAAUACACUCCUCCACGACGAGAUCAAGGGCCUCAAACGUUCCCUCUUGAUCAAGGAGAGACGGAAAAAGCAGAGCUUCACCCUCGAGCUUGACGAGGAUCAUGAGUAUCAUGGGGGAGCCGUUUUGUGGUCACCAAGGAGUGUACAACGAGCUCGCGAUCGUCGGGCAUCACAACAACAACAAGCUGAGCUUGAAAAGCUUGAAAAAGCCAAGCAAGCCGAGAUCAAGAAGGCAGCACGCGAUUGUGAAGCUCAACUCAAAGCUGUGAAGCGUGUAGAGCGGGAGAGACGGGCGGAGGAGAAGAAGAAGGAGGAGGCUGAAAAGCUAGCCAAGAAACAACACCGUGAGCUCAUCAACAACACCAAGAAGCUUAUAAAAUUGUCCCAAAAGGGUAAGCGCAAGGCCUCACAACCUCAUACGACAGCUACAAAGCGUCAAAAGCGUGGUGGUGUUGCUCCAGCUGUGGUGGGAGGCACACAGGUUGCACAAGCUGCUCCACCGCGUAGUCGCCGUGAUCGCGUGAUAACGCCCUCUAAAAAAUUAUCUGAAUAA